ACACACACACACACACACACACACACAAAAACUCAGCUUAAAAAAAAAGAAUGGGAGGAGGGUUGUGCAUGAGUCAUGCAGGUGUGAGAGUGCGUUCGCGUGUUAGAGUUCGUUCGCCUUCUCAGACGAACUACAAAAAGAGUACUUAUAAAGGGGAAGAGGAGAACUCGAGGCUUUCAAAUGAAGUCGACGAAUUCAGCUUCAACAGUUACUUGCCCGACAAGGAAACUGGGAAUAGAGUAAUGGUAGUGAUUGAUUCCGGCCCGGAAUCCAAACGGGCUCUCGAGUGGGCCCUCUCUCACACUGUUCAAAGCCGGGAUACGAUUAUUCUCUUCCACGUCGCCAAACAAGGUACUGCAUACCUUUUUAAUCUCUUCUCUUUUCAGUUUUCAAUAGACGAAAUAAAUUUGUUUCUUUCAGAUAGAAGAGGGAAUGGGGAAAUCGAUGAACGGGCUUACGAUCUUCUUCGCUCCGCGAAAAAUACGUGUCACCUCAAAAGACCCGAGGUGAAUGUAGAGAUGGCAGUCCAGCAAGGGAAGGAAAAGGGAGCAACCAUUGUUGAAGAAGCAAAGAGAUUAAAGGUGUCGUUGCUAGUUAUGGGGCACCGUAAGCAAUCACUUUUAAGGCGGCUGCAAAUGAUUUGGACAAGCAAGAGGAGCCGCAGCAGAGUCGUUGAUUACUGCAUUCAAAACGCUAAUUGCAUGACAAUUGCUGUCAGAAGAAAUAAUAGGAAAUACGGUGGAUAUUUGAUCACUACAAAACGUCACAAGAACUUCUGGCUUCUAGCUUAGAUAUAUCGUUAAUUUAAAAAAAAAAUUGAGCUUGCAGAUACGACGAACGAAUAGGAAACCAAUUGUAUAAAACCACCAAAGAGAAACUAUUUGAUGUCGUGUAAUGCUGCACUUUUAGCGUUGAAAAGGAAUUUCUAUGAAUGAACAAUUCGUUCAAAAGAAAAUUAUAGCAAAAAUUCUGUUGUCGUGUGUGUACCUUAUUUCAAACUUAACGAGCAUCUUGACGAGACAAGACACUGCUAGAACAAAUGAAUCAACGACAAAAAACGGGAAUAAGUACUUAAACUAAGAA